AUUUGUUUACUCCUAUUCCUCCCCCACCCUCUCCCUCUCUCUCUCUCAUCUAUUUCUCCUGAUUCGUUCUUCUUUUUCUUCCUCCUUUGGUCUUGCUAAGAUCUAGAAAACCCUAGAACUGGGAAGAUCGCCAAGAUCGAGGGAAGAUCAAAAUAGGGUUAAUAUUGAUGGGGAGAGGCAAGAUUGUGAUCCAGAGGAUCGAUGAUUCGACUAGUAGGCAAGUCACUUUCUCCAAAAGAAGAAAGGGUCUCAUAAAGAAAGCUAAAGAACUCGCGAUUCUCUGCGAUGCAGAGGUGGGUCUCAUCAUUUUCUCCAAUACCGACAAGCUCUAUGACUUUGCCAGCUCCAGUUUGAAAUCGACUAUAGAACGAUUCAACAAGACCAGGAUGGAGCAGCAACAACUAUUGAACCCUGCAUCAGAAGUUAAGUUUUGGCAGAGAGAGGCCACAACUCUAAGACAAGAACUGCACUCAUUGCAGGAAACUCAUCGACAACUAACGGGACAGCAAUUAAAUGGUCUGAGCGUCAAGGAGUUGCACAAUAUAGAAAGCCAACUUGAAAUGAGUUUACGUGGAAUUCGUAUUAAAAAGGAACAGAUACUGACCAAUGAAAUAAAAGAACUCACCAGAAAGGUUCUUAUAUAUUAUUGGUUCAUCUUUUGCAGAGGAAUCUUGUUCACCAUGAGAAUCUUGAAUUGUCGAGAAAAGUACAAAGGAUUCAUCAAGAAAACGUCGAGCUACACAAGAAGGCUUAUGCAGUGUCAAUCAGAAAUGAAUUGGGAACUCGUGAUAUUGAAGAUACAGCCGAUGAAUCCCAUGCUCAGGUUCGGCUGCAGCUAAGUCUGCCUGAGCAAUCCCAUUACGAGACCUCAUCAAAUAGCUAAGAUCAUAAAUCGUAUAACGACUUGUUCGUUCUUGAUUCUCUACACCAUUCAGACUUGUAUAUAUAGCUCGUUUAUAUAUAUAUAU